AUGUCUGCAACGAAUGAUCCUACGAAGGAACUCGUCCCCGACGUUGUUGCAGCUGCCAGCGAUGCGGACGGCCAGCCACCGGCGGAACUUGUUUCUGCUAGAAAGCAGUCAUGGAGCGACAUUUUCACUAUUGCCUGUGCCGGCUUUGCUUUGAUUAGCGAUGGGUACCAGAACAACCUGAUGACUAUGACAAACGUCGUCCUCAAGGCGGAAUAUCCUCAACAGUACACGUCCGUAGUCAGCACUCGGGUUUCCAACUCUCUUCUCAUCGGUGAAAUUAUCGGCCAGGUUACUAUUGGCCUCACCUGCGACUACCUUGGGCGCAAGUUCGCCAUCAUUUUGACGACUGCCUUGAUUGUUUUGGGCUCGAUUCUGGCAACUGCGGCCAGUGGAGUCACCAUUGAUGGCAUGUUUUGGAUGAUGACUGUCGCUCGUGGCAUCAUAGGCUUCGGUGCUGGUGGAGAGUAUCCCGCCUCUUCAACAUCUGCGUCAGAAGCCGCGAACGAACACUCUCUGAAGAACCGGGGCCCAAUUUUCAUCCUCGUUACGAACUUGCCGCUGUCAUUUGGCGGGCCUUUGGCAGUCAGCAUCUUUCUCAUUGUAUUCUCUGCCGCCGCUGGGCCUCAACACCUAUCGACAAUCUGGCGCCGCCUCAUAGGAACCGCUGGUGCAUGGUUUUUAUACGACUUUGUCACCUUCCCAAACGGCGUUUUCUCCGGUGUCAUUAUCUCAUCUGUCGUCAAAGACUCCAGCAUCAAGUCUACUGCAGAGUACCAACUCCUUCUCGGCGCUAUAGGUCUGCCCGGUGUUCUUCUGGGUGCAUAUUUAUGCGAUCGAAUUGGCCGCAAGAACGUCAUGAUGCUGGGAUUCUCUGGCUAUCUUGUAUUUGGCCUGAUAAUUGGGGUGGCAUACGACCAAAUCACCAAGAUUCUACCUCUUUUCGUAGUUUUCUACGGCCUUAUGCAAAGUUCUGGCAACAUGGGACCGGGUGAUAUGCUUGGGUUGCUUUCUUCAGAGUCCUAUGCAACCGCAGUUCGCGGAACCUGCUACGGUCUCUCUGCUGCAGUGGGCAAGGCUGGUGCAGCGAUCGGAACACAGGCUUUCACACCAAUCCAGGCUAGUCUUGGAAAGCGCUGGACAUUCAUCAUCGCGGCCAUAUGUGGAGUUGUUGGCGUCCUGGUGACUUACUUCUUCGUUCCGAACCUUAAAGGUGACGAUCUCUCAGAAGAGGACGCCAGGUUCCACGCGUAUCUACUCAGCCAGGGCUGGGACGGUGAAGUGGGAGAAAAGGACACUCCAGGCGUGGUUGGAGACGAGCCUGAGGUUAGAGUCGCACACGAGGGCAGUGCCAAGAAGACAUAA